AUGACUCACAAUUGCUCCAGUUCAGAGUUGCAAAAACUUAGCCAACAUUCUGAUGAAGCCACUUGUGACACCAACACUCUUACACAUCCAACAACUACUUGGAUUGACCAUUCUAGUGGGACUAUCCCCGAUCACCAGUAUUGGGACCCAAACGACGUCAACUUUCAACAAUAUAUACUUAGAAAACAUUCACCACAGCAAUCCGAAACGCCGCAACUGCUUCUCACUGCUCGAACGCGCUCCAAGGACCUUUUCUUCAAAACCGAUGUGCAGGCAGAUUUCAAUUUGGCAUACGCACGCACGCAACCAACGCAACACUUUCUGAAGGCUGCCUGCACGCGCCAACUUGGCGUCCCUUCUCUCCUCCAUCAUUUCUCUGAAGCCGCUCUCCAAGCUCAACAGCCAGUAAAAGCUGAUCUCGGCCUCACUCUGAAGCGCUUACAUCGUAUCGGCUCCAAACUAGCUGCGAUAUUCUCGCCUCGAUCGCAUCCUUCCCGAAUCGCUCUUACGAUUGACAAAUCCAAGAUCGUAUCCGACCUCCUCAUCCUUUCAGGCCCUUUACAAUCCAACAGCACACCUGGUCGACAUCAAGCUCAGCAUAGUGGAUUCACAGCAGCUUGGGAUUCGUAUCGAAGACUGCGGAAACCUGUGAUGUCUGGCAAAGGAGGGCAGCCGCUGCCCAAAGCAGGCGCCAGCCUGUCCGAGCGCAUUGCGGCGCUGCAGAGGAAGACGUCAAAUCCAGCAAGGUCCAACAACCUCUCCUCUCCGGCAACAGCAUCUUCAGUCACCUCAGGUCGUCUCAGCCCAGGAGAGAGUCCAUCACGCUCACCUUCCGGCAGCUCCAACGCCAACGCAGUGCGCGAGCGCAUCGCCAAAUUCCAGUCCAGCGAUGAGAAGCCCGUCAUGCCCAGAAGCUCUUUCGGAUCACCAGCACCGAACCCAGAGAUUCGCAAUGCCCGGCGACAAUUCCCAGGCGCCAGUGCUGGAAGAGGAACAGGUGCAUGGGGAGAGGGUGUGUUGCGACCUCAGAUGACCGGUGGUGUUUGGUUGGGAGCCGGUGCCGGCGGCGGCUGGGGUGAUCCUUCUUCAGCGUCACUUCGUCCACAGAUGACUGGAGGUGCUUUUUUGGGCAAUGGUGCACCAAGGUCGUCAAGCUUUGGCGUUCCACGUCUGCAACGAGGAGCUUCUGAUAACAUUGUCCACGGUGGAGGCAGAGAUGCUUUUGCCGAACUUGACGACGAUCUGGUCUUGACAGGGCGCAAUAGACCGGAGCCGCCAGCUUCGGAGGCGACCGAUGACUUUGAAGCCAAAGGACAGCUUGCAAGCGGUGCCGUCUCCAAUGCUCACGAAGAUGGAUUACCAAAACUACCAGACACACCGACGGCUGAGAUUGAUCUAGACAAGAUUCACGCAUCUUCGGGUCUUCCGGAGGCCCCAACUGUUGCUCCCAUUCCAGAGUUCCCAGAGGCUCCUGCUUCCGAGCCAAAGCCAUCAAACAAGAUCAAAAAUGCUUUUGAAAGCGCAAAUGCAACCCCCGACACUUCCAUCGAGAUUGGCAUCCAUGGGCGAUCGGCUGAUGAUGUGGAACGCAUUCGACAACGGGCACAGGACUUGGAACUAUCAGAGGAUCAAAAGGAUGCUGCAGAUCGAGAGCCCUGGAUCGCUUCGCCUCCCGCAGAUCUGGCCGGAAAGGUGCCCUCGCCCAUCGAUACGAACGAGCUGCUCGCUGCACAGAGCCAGUCGACCAAGGAUGAAGGACAAAAGCCAUGGGUGCAAGGCUACGGAAAGCCCACGUUGGACCGUGACCUCGAAACAGCCGUACUUCAGAGGGGCACGCCGAGCAAGCUUCCUCUGGCCGAGUACUCGGCAUCUGGGCCAUUGCCACAGCGUGCUCAGGUAGAGAGAACAGACUCGGGCCGUGUGGACCCUCUAGACCCAGCAGCCCAUCAGAUCCGUGGGCCAGGCCUACUGGUGCCCCGUGAUGAGGUUGCUGAAGCCAAAGAGCUUGGUCCAGAUGCUGUGAAGGCUCCUCUAGCCUCCACCGCGAGUGUAGCCAGGCCCGCCGAUGUCACACGAUCCAAUUCGAACGGACACUCGUCGCCACAGAACAUAAAUCCGUCUGCAUCUGCAGCCGAGCAGGCAAAACAAGCUGUCUCCAUGGGACGCACAAAGAGUCAGUCACAACGUCUACGACGUCCACCACCUGGAACGGUGCUGUCGGCCGCGGAUCUGGAUGCAAGUGACGACGAGUAUGAACCAGGAUGGGCCAGCGUCACCAGUGUCAUGUCAUCUUCCCGCUCUUAG